AGAAUUGGAAGCCUCACUUGCCCAAGACCGGAAACCACUGUCAGCACUUCUUCUUCUGGGAGGUGGAGGAGGGUGGAGAGGGAAGAGGAUGCACUGAGGACUUGAGGGGCCGCCAUCCCAGAUUCUGACAGACUGGCAUCAACACCUUCUUCUCAACUCUACUCAAAGGAGCCAGGAGGAUGAAGGCUGCCUCCACCUGCCUCUUCCUCAUCGUUCUCGGGCACCUGGUUCCAGGGCAGGCUCAGUGUCCCCUAGACGAGCUUCUAAACAAGAAGAUUGAGGAGCAGGCUGGCUCCUAUGUUCUGACUGCCCUUGAGAAGCUUCAACUAUUCUGCUCCAGCGUUACCUCUCGGGGUGCUCUAGCCACCUGCCCCUCUGGGUUCACUGUCACAAGCUGUUCCUGCGGCUCAGCAUGUGGCUCUUGGGAUGUCCGCGAGGCCACCACUUGUCACUGCCAAUGUGCUGGAAUGGACUGGACUAGUGCCCGCUGCUGCAAGUUUAUGAGCAAGGGCUGAGCUAAGACAGAGACUUCCCUUGCCUUUUCCCCACCAAAACCUUCUUGAGUCUGGUCUGGUCCCUGGGGACAAAGCUCUCUAGCUCUAAAAAUACAUAAAUACAUAAAUAAAUAAAUGUGGCAUGUG